AUGCCUCGACUUAAGAUCCUCCGCCAUCACCGCCGCUCGGCUUCGAGCCAGGGAAACACAUCGGCCGUACCACCUCCCUCAAAGUCCCCUUUAUCCAUAGCCUCCACUUCCUCUACCAACUUAGCUUCGCCACAUCCACCGCCACGGACUUCCCCGCCUAGCGUCCCCCCCCUCGAUGCUCUCCCUCCGAUAAACAGUGGUUCUCCAGGGCUUGGUUCACCGGUGCAAUGGCUCGCGGAGAGCACCGCUGGCUCAUCCCGACCGGAUACUUCCAAUUCAUCGCACGUGUCGGAGCCACCGACUACGGCAAAGGCGACGGUAUCUGCUCCUCUAGCCCCUCUGCCACCUCCACCACCUCGCCCACGCUCGCGGAGCUCGAAACCAUUGUCGGCAAAGCCUGUGCCGAGCGUAAAGACGUCCACGUUAUCGCAGCAGGUCAAAGCUGCAAACGCUGCUUUGGCAGCUCAACCUCCUUCUCUUGUUGCUCCUGUCAGUGGGUCAAGUUCUCACCAUAACCCCGGCAGCAAUAGUAGUAGUAAUAAUGCUGCCAAUCAGAGCGGUGGCGGUGGCGGACACCCCAUCUCGACGACGAUAACUUCCUCGUAUCGGAGAAACGCAAAACUAACCCUCCUAAACCCCAUGUCGCUGCUCAUGCGGAGGCGCUCUUCGCAAGCUGGUGGUUUGCUCAGCGAUAAUGCAAAAGCUCGAAACUCAAGGGAUCUCCCCGACGAUUUCGACCCCGGCAUUAUUUACGGUACCAGACAUCCCGAUUGGUCGAACCCGCCAAAGAGGGGUCAGAGCGAGACAGUCCGGCCGCCGGUCAAUGGGAGGUCGAUAUCGCCGUUGCCACCGGUUAGUCCGUUAAUGGAUCCGAAUAAUAAGCUGUUGAAAGUGGAGGUUGUCGCGGAUGAUGCAGGGGGCAGUGUGAUUGACGAGCGCUUGGCCGAGUUGGAGAGGGAGCGGACGCCGGUUUUUAAGGAGCACUUUGAUGAGGAGGUUGGACGGGAGCGGGGAUCUAAGGAUGUGGGGAGGGGGGUGGGGGAAGUGGGGGCUUCGCCAGCUGCGCCGCCUAGGGUCGCGCCGGAGCCACUUAGGGUUCCUACGACGAAUCCUCCGCCGGUGAACGAUUUGGAUAAGCCUGGGGUGGUUGACGGUGGGAUAUUGCCUUCCUCUAUUAGCUCGACGACACGGAUUAGUAGCGCGUCUUCAGUAGUGUCCUCAAAUGAAGGGGGCUUCGACGAUGGGAAACCUCGGGGCGUUACUCUUGUUGACCACCCGCUGUCUCUGCCGCACCACUUGAUGACCAAUUCUUCUAGGUUCAGCUUUGAGGCGAGUAGCGCUGCCGAGUCGAAUAAAGACGAUGAACCGGAAGAUCCGUAUAACGGUGGUGAGGAUGAUGGCCAGGAUGGUGAUGAGUUGGGCUUGGAAUUGGAUUUCGAGGGUGAUGAUGAUGAUGAAGGGUUUUCCCGAGCAAAUGAGGGAUUGUUCAUGUUGCCGAAUGACGGCAUGUACGGCAAUGAGGACUAUUUAGAGGAUGAGGGGGGUGUUCCGCUGGCAUUGAGGAUUGAUCCGAGUCACGAGAUUGGCAUUGCAUUGUCGAAGGAUUCGCCGAUUGAUGUUAAUACUCCAACGGCACUGCUGAAUUUGACGGAGAUGUCACAAGUCCUUCCUGCCAUGGAUCCAGAGCCCGCUGCGGUUCAACCUGAACAACAAUCGCUGGUUCAGCGAUUGGAUAAUCCUCGGGGGUUGGACCUGAGUGGUGACUCAGAUUUUGAUGAACUUGAGCAAGGAAAUGGAAUGGCGGGUUACGAAGAUGACGACGAUGAUUUAUAUUUUGAUGACGGGUUUAUUCUCGGCGAUCCUCCCAUUCAAGGUUCCGUGAAUAACCCUAGCCGGGAGGAGGAAGUGGAAGAACCAAUGAACAAGGAGCAGCGCGAUUCCUUCCCCUCAACACUCGGAGUCUCCUCAGGUGGUGCUAUGCAAGUCGAAGACGGUAGUCUCGACAGCCUCGAAAACGAUAGUAACGACGACACAGCGGGUACCGGCGGUGGCAGCGGCUACGGAAACAAGAGCUUCCCGCCGUUCCUAAACCCCAUCGGCGGUGGUUUGGGGUGCACCCAACAACAGGCGCAAUUCUACGCUCCGGACGGGACUAUUCUGGACGGACACACCGGCCUGCCGCUCGCACUGUCAACGCUCACCCAGCAGCUGUACCAAUACCAAAGGCAACAACAACGCGAAGCCGAAGCCGCCGAGGCGGGUGAGAUCAACAGCCCCGGCGCUAUCAGUGGUAUCGGCGGCGGGUACGAAAGUGACUACGCAGCAGACUGGGGCUCGCAGAGCGGGUACUACUCCAUCGACGACGAUGAAUACGAACCAGAAGACACAGACGAUAGCAUGGUGGCCGAAGCGAAUGCGGAGGCGCUAGCCUACGACACAGAAUUCUACGGCCAGGAGUUCGGCUUCUACCCCGCGUCCUCCGCCCCAGGACUGCUUCCCACCGGGGACGACGACGAAAACGCUUUCGCCGGGGGCUAUUUUGGCCGACCACCGGAACCCACGUCGAGGCCUAUUAUACGAAGACCCAGCUUAACACCGAUCAGCGAGCGCAGCGAGGGAAGCUAUCGCAACAGCCUGGUUUUCCCGGUAUCCUCCAGUCGCCCGUUAUCCGCUACAGUACCCGCGGGCGAGGACAUUGGAAGCCUAAUUAGCAGCAGCAACAGCGGCGGCGCGGAGAUCACGCUGGAGCAGUUAAUGCGCUUGAGGAGGAACGCCUGGGGCGGGAGUAAUGGGAGUCUGAGGAGUUCACGGGGGAGCGGGGCGCACAGUCCUGUUCCUGCGAAUAGUAGUUUGUUAGCGCAGGGCGGGAUUUCCCCGCCGCCACCGAUGCCACCCGGCUUGGCCGGCGGUGGAGGGGUGGGCGCCCCCCCAGGCCUUUCGCAUCCUGGUAAAAACGCGAUGUUACCGACGAAAACUAGUUUUGAAGACGCGGGACUUCCACCGCCCAGCGAGGCCGCUGCUACUGGAAGUGGGAGUGGGAAUGGGAGGAGCACCGCGGAUAGUAGUUAUGCCAGUGCUGUUGGCUCCCCAGUUGGAGAUUGUGACGCCGCGGACGUAGGAGAUGGGAAUGGGGAUGUGAGCAGGGAGGGGUGGGUGUUUUCUGCUAUUGCUGCUUCCUCUUCUUCUAGGUAGUUGUGUAGAUUUGGUAUGAGGGGCGGAGGAAGAGGGUGUAUAGGGAGUGUCGGAAUAAAUCUCUUUUCUUUCUUUUCUUUCUCUUUUUGGGCAAAGUACUGGGAUUCGGGCAUUUUUACAGAUUUUUUUUAUUUCAUAGUUAGCUUCUACGCUUCACUUCACCUUGUUGAGAUUCUAGGUGGCAUUUUCAGGGGGAUGUGGUAUGGCUUUUUCCCGCUC